AUGAGAACGUAUCAAUCUUACCAAUUUUUUCCAAGGAAAUCAGGGAUUAAAUACUUCUCUGUAUGGGAUCCAUUCAUACUAGAAAAUUAUCAGCAGCCAAUCCCAAUUAAGAAGAUUCUUAAAGCUGGUGAGGAAUGCAAGUAUAAAAAAAGUUUGACCAUCUAUGCUUAAAAAUAUGGAAUAAAAGAACAUCAAAGAUACAUUAGACUGGCUGAAAAUUAGUCUCUAAUCUUGUCAAUCAUUCAAAACGUCACUUAUAUAAAAAAUCUUUAGCUAGAUAUUGUUAAAAAAGCAGCAUCUAUAAUAGCUAAUGAAAGGCUUUAAAGCGAGAGGCUAGACUAUAGACAGAUGAAGAAAUAAAUUCUUAUUAAAAAUGAAAUACAAGUCACAAAGCAUUUAAUAAAAUCUAUGCAAGAGUAAAUCGAGUAUAAUCAUCAAUAAGAACUCAUAAUGAAUGCUAAAAUUUAGGAUAAAAAGAUCUAUAAGAUAGAUAUUUGCAUGAAAGUUGAUGCUUUCUCAGAGAAAGAUUUAAAAUAUUUGAUAGAGAUGCAUCAGAAGGUCAGCUGGUAAAGUGAUAUUUACCAUAUCUACAAGCUCUAAGUGCUUUUUAAAUAAUAAGACUUUGGAAGCACCUAUCAACAAUAUACAGUUGUGGCUUUCAAGCAUCCAUUAUACCUAGAAAAUGACAAGAUUAAUUAGUUCAGAAGUAGAAAUAAUAUCAGUCAACGCAAGAGUGAUCUAAUAAUGAAGGAGAUGGUACCUGAAUUUUCAUUGAUAAAUUGUAUGAAUGCUUCAAACAUUAAUUAUAUACUCUUGAACUCUUUUCAAAAUGUGGUAGAAGGAACUCUCAAAGUAAAGCUGCUUGGGGAAAUAGAGCAAGAGGAGGAAAAUGAUGAUUUUUGA